GCGGGGUCCCACGGCCGUGAGACGCGGCCCGAAGCCCGGGGCGAGACCGCGAGGAUGGAACUCCGUGUUUUCCCCGUGCGCUGCACAGCGUCAAUACGGGAUUCUCUCCCAGCGUUGCGCCUCGGGAACGCGGACACGCUGCGUCUCACCCGGAGAAAGGGCUCAUUGAGGCUGAGGCACAGGGACCGGCUUUGUGCUGCUGGAGCGCACUGAGCCGCCGCUCUCCUCCGGCCCGUGCCAUCCCCAGAGCCCACCUGGGCGUCUCCGGAGCCGACCUCGGAGCCAGCCCGCAGCAUCCCCGGCGGGCUCCGCAGGCGGUGCCGGCAGCUAUUAGCCGAGUUUGUUCCCAGUUUGGUUCCCAGCACGUGGCCGCCCGUUGCUGCCCCAACCACAACCCCGCGGGCAGCCCCCGGCUCCGAAAGUCCCAUCGCGGGGCUGGGGCACCCCCUGCCAGUGCCCCCUGCCAGCCCAGCAGCAGUCAGUCACCUGGGAGCCGGGCCGGUGCCCACUACGCCGCCCUCGUCCCUUGCUCAGGGCUGGGCGCCGGCCCCCAUUUGGCCGCAGACUGGGGCUAUUCUGGGCAACUUUAUAAACAGCGUAGGAGGUGACUUUUUUUUUUUCCCAUUUCUUCCUAUUUUUUUUUUAAUUUGUUUUUUUAAACUUGAAAACACACGUUGCUUUUGUGCAAAAAAUAGCGGAGGGAGCAGCCGGUGGCCGAAGCGAGCUGCGCCGUCUCCAGCGUCCCCAUCCCACCGGGCGGCUCCGAGGCGCUGCCAGGCGGAGGCAUUCGGGGUAACGACGUGUUUCCCGGCGCGGGGAAGAAAAGCGUUCGGUGAUACGUUGGGAGCUGCCUUGCCGUGAUUCUUCCCCCAGGCAGCAGACAAAGAGCAGCGGCGAUCGGCGUCCGCACGCUCCCUUUGUUCUGCCCGUGGGUUCAGCCGGGCUGUCCCCCAUUAACCCGGCGGGGAGGGGGCGGCCGAGGACUGAGAGCAGACGGUUUGCUCGAGGAGUUCGCCCGCCGCCCGUUGAGUCACCGGAGGAAAAUGUGACUUCACCGCGCACACCUCCGGCAGAGACGGGCAACAGCGGGAGAGGGACUUGGGAACGGGACCCGGCAGCUCCCCGCGGCCGCCUGCUUCCAUUCCAGCCCCAGCGGUGCUGAGAAACGCGGGGGCACAGAGCCCCUCUGUUUCCUUCACAAAGAGCCGCCUGUGCCUCUCCCCGACCGAGCCGCGGGUUCCCAGCGAGGAAGACGCCAAGCGGGGCACAGUGCUGCUCCCCAGCCUUGUCCCCGCUGGUUUCAAGCCCUCAGACCCCCCAAUGCACAGGGAGUGGGAUGCUCUGUGCACCCCUAGGCUGAGCCGUGAAGGGUUCAGGGACCCAGCACUCAGCUGCCCAUGUAUUUAAUGAAUCACAUCCGCCCCAGGGCUUGGAAUCAGGGUUUUUCUGGAAUCCAUACAGCCCCUGGUCAGGGCAUCAUUUAUGGUUUGUCUGCUGUGGGCACUGAAAGGGGGAAAUCCCGGCCCAGCUGUGCCCAUGAUGCUGGCAGCGGCAGCGCUGACCCUUGGAGCUGCUUUUCCUGAGCUGGUGGUGGCAGAGCCUAAAUCCCUUCCCCUGGCAGCCGUCACAGCCAGCAAGUGCAAAGCCACAACGUCCACAUGUGAGAAAAUGGUGGCAGUGAGCGUGAGGGACAGAGUGCACAAUGAGCACAGGAGAUCACAUGGGCCUUCAGCUGGUUCCUGAAACCCCAUCAGGUUUCAUUAUCAUACCUAGAGGAAGGCGGAAGCCGCGCACCCCAUCGCACUGACAGGAAGCCCCUGAAGUCCCACUGAGCAGCCAUUGAGCUGCUGGAGCCCCGGCUCAGGGGGGCUGGCCAGAGCCACCUGGGAAGGGAUGCUGCGGGACAGCAGGUGCCCAGCAGAUAGCCCAGGGCAUCAGGUGCCUGCCUGGGGGAUCCUCUGAGGACAACGUGGACAUGCAGAGGAUAUAAAUGCUGUAGCUCCCUCAUUCACCAUCCCAAUGGAGAGGAGAUCGGCUUUGCCCCAGGAUUUUCGGGAGGUGCUGCACUGCCUGAAGAUGAGGAGCAAGUAUGCCGUGUUGCUGGUGUUUGUGGUGGGGCUGGUCAUCAUCGAGAAGGAAAACAACUUCAUCUCCAGGGUGUCGGACAAGCUGAAGCAGUCCCCGCAGGUGCUGCCAGAGGCCAAUGAGACGGAGGCCAGCCCGGUGCAGGCUGAGAAUGGGUCUCUGGCCUCACUGCGGCAGCUGGACACAGCCUUCUCACAGCUGAGGACGCGGCUGCGCAACGUCACCUUGCAGCUGGCUGGGGAGCUGGGCAUGGCAGCCCCAGGGCCACGGCGGCACGUCCUGCUGAUGGCCACCACACGCACCGGCUCCUCCUUCGUCGGGGAGUUCUUCAACCAGCAGGGCAACAUCUUCUACCUCUUUGAGCCUCUGUGGCACAUUGAGAGAACAGUCACUUUUGAGCCAGGGGGUGCCAACGCGGUGGGCUCGGCCCUGGUGUACCGCGAUGUGCUGCAGCAGCUCCUCCUCUGUGACCUCUACAUCCUGGAGAGCUUCAUCUCACCAGCGCCCGAGGAGCACCUAACGGCUGCCCUGUUCCGGAGGGGCUCCAGCCGCUCGCUCUGCGAGGAGCCCGUCUGCACGCCUGGCCUCAAGAAGGUCUUUGAGAAGUACCACUGCAAGAACCGCCGCUGCGGGCCCCUCAACAUCACGCUGGCGGCCGAAGCGUGCCGGCGCAAGCAGCACAUGGCCCUGAAGACAGUGCGCAUCCGGCAGCUGGAGUUCCUGCAGCCGCUGGCUGAGGACCCGCGGCUGGACCUGCGUGUCAUCCAGCUGGUGCGGGACCCGCGUGCCGUGUUGGCGUCGCGCAUGGUGGCCUUCUCAGGCAAGUACGAGAGCUGGAAGAAGUGGGCUGCUGAGGGGGAAGCCCCGCUGCAGGAGGAUGAGGUGCAGCGGCUGCGGGGCAACUGUGAGAGCAUCCGGCUGUCGGCUGAGCUGGGGCUGCGGCAGCCGCGCUGGCUGCAAGGCCGUUACAUGCUGGUGCGCUACGAGGACGUGGCGCGGGCACCGCUGCGCAAGGCGCUGGAGAUGUACCGCUUCGCAGGCAUCCGCCCCACGCCGCAGGUGGAGGAGUGGAUCCGCACCAACACGCAGGCGCCACAGGACGGCAAUGGCAUUUACUCCACGCAGAAAAACUCCUCAGAGCAGUUUGAGAAGUGGCGGUUCAGCAUCCCCUUCAAGCUGGCACAGGUGGUGCAGGACGCCUGUGAGCCGGCCAUGCGGCUCUUCGGCUACAAGCUGGCCAGCAGCGCCCAGGAGCUGACCAACCGCUCGCUCAGCCUGCUGGAGGAGGGGCCCCCCACGCAGGUCACGUAGUGCGGCACCGCUGCCCCCGUACGCCCGGCCGGCCCGGGGUGACCCUGUGCCAUGAACUUGGAACCAGGGCGUCCUUGCAAUAGCGACGGGUUCUUGGGAAGGGCGAUCAGGAGAUGGCACAGGGAUGCUGUGGCAGAGGGGUGAAGCUGUUUAGUUUCUCUCCCGAUGGAAGGAUGAGACCCUGAGAUUGAAAACCCAAGUGCCACGGGUGCCCAGAGCCCGUAGCACAACCUGACCCAUGCACCAGCUUCAGCGGUGCCUUCUCGUUUCUGCAGAGGGCCAUUGAGUGAAGCACAGGAAAACCAGAGUUUGCAGCCAGGAAUCCAUAGACCCAACCGGGGGACAAUUUUCUGGGAGUGUUCUGCAACCUGGAUGUUUUCCAGUGCCACCAAACACAAUGAGCACUCCUGGGUGAACUCCAGCACAGGAAGCAGUGUCAUUGCCCCACGGGUGUGUGCUCCCUGCGCUUUCCAAUGGUGUGCUCCGAGUGCCAGCAACAUGGUGUGCCAGCACCAGCAGGAACUUGGACCUCAAAGGCCUUACUGGUUUAGUGCCUUGGUACAGCACAGACUGGGACCUGCCUGCAACCGGACGAGGCAGCCUCUCAGUUUGUGCUCUGCAGUGCUAAUUGUUGGGUGUGGGUGGGUCCUUUUGAUUUAUUUUCUACAUUUUUCUCCGUGUAUCAGGGUUGCGGGGCAAAAUUAUUUAUUUAUUAUGUUUUAAAAAGAAAAACAAAGCGGGGUGGGGGUGGGGGGAGGGAGGUACAUCAGGGGUCAGAGCUAAGCCCAAAAAUCAGAGCAGCACAAUGUGCUGCAGACACCUAUGGAGGAAGUGGUGGGAAAGCAGCCCACAGGCCUCCAUGGAUGGGAUGAGUUAUGGAUGCAGCUCCAAGGACACCCAGCUGAAGCAAUGUGGCGAUGGGGAUGCUGUGGUGACCUGACACAGGGUGAAGGUGCUCUCCAGAGCCCACAACUUGCCCCGGAGCAACCAAACCUCAGCACCUGGUGUGAGCUUGUUCCCUUGACUUCAUUAGAAAUGGGCAAAAAAGCAAUACAAAGGAGCAGAGUCCAAAACAUC